GGUUAUUCUGUGUUUCUGGGUCAUGAGUCAGCAGAUGAUACAGCAGAAAACACACUGGACAUCCAGCAAGUGGUGAUCCUGGACAGAAUUCUCUACAUUGCUGUUAGAAAUUGACAUGGGAAUCCAGUGAGGACAAAAUGAGCACAUGCAUUGCAUUAGGGAAAUCUGAGGAUGGAUGUCAUAACUUUAUUAAGGUCCUUAUAAAAAGAAAUGAUGAUACAUUAUUUAUUUGUGGGACUGAUGCUUUUAGUCCUUCCUGUAGGAACUAUAAGAUGGAUACUCUUGAAAUUGAGGGAGAAGAGAUCAAAGGAAGGGGCAAGUGCCCCUAUAAUCCCAAGGACAGCAAUGUUGCAUUGUUUGCAGGUGGGUAUCUGUAUUCUGGUACCACGUCAGACAUCAGGUCCACAGAGCCACUCAUUUUCCGGAGUCUUGGAGACACCCCGAAUCUGCGGACAGAUAAACACAAUUCACAGUGGUUGAAAGAGCCUAACUUCAUCCAUGUGGUGGAUUAUGGCAAUUAUAUGUACUUCUUCUUUCGAGAAGUAGCAAUUGAAGCCUGUGACACCGGACAGCUUAUCGUAUCAAGAGUAGCCCGGAUCUGCAAGAAUGACAUGGGUGGAAAUACAGCAUUUCUAGAUGAAUUGUGGACUUCUUUCCUAAAGGCACGGUUGAAUUGCUUCGUUCCUUCCAUUUUAAACUUCUAUUUUAACGAGCUACAGGCAGUAACAGAUGUCGUCCAUAUCAAUGGUCAUGAUGUGGUCUUUGCAACCUUUACAACCUCUGAACACAGCAUCCCCGGCUCUGCUGUUUGCGCUUAUGAUAUGCUUGAGCUUGACAAGGUGUUCUCCGGAAGGUUCAAAGAACAGCUAUCCCCAUUCUCAAUAUGGACUCCAGUUCCUGGUGAUCAGGUGCCUACACCCAGGCCUGUUUCCUGUGCUGGCUCUGAACCCCUUGAAGAGUACACGUCCUCUAAUGAUUUUCCAGAUGACAUUCUGAAUUUUAUGAAAGACUAUCAUCUCAUGGAUGAAGGCAUAUCAUCAACAGAAUCUCAACCAUGGUUUCUGCGGACAAAGGCCAAGUACCAGCUCACCAAAAUUGCUGUCGAUGUUUCUGCGGGACCCAAAGAGAACUGGAUUGUGGUUUUCCUUGGAUCACAGACGGGAAUGCUUUUGAAGGUUAUGGACACAUCAGGAGAGAAUGCUUUCCUAAGUAACAGUGUUUUCCUGGAGGAGAUGAAUGUUUAUAAUCCUGAAAAGUGCCAAUAUAAUGGUCAGCAUGAAAAAACAAUUGUGAACAUGCGAUUGGACAAGCCAUCUGGUGCCCUUUAUGUGGCAUUCAGACACUGUAUAAUAAAGGUGCCAUUGGGAAGGUGUGACCUUCAUGGCAAGUGCAAGAAGGCUUGCAUAGCUUCUCGAGAUCCAUACUGUGGAUGGGUGCAGGAAAGUGAGGAAUGCAAAUAUCUCGCACCUGGAGAUGGUCAUGAAUUUGAGCAGGACAUUGAGCAUGGAAAUGUAAAUGACAUGGAUGGCUGUUAA